AUGCCAACACCGACUGUUAUUCCUGUUGGUUGCCCACCUGGUCUAGAAUAUCUAAGUCAGAUCGAUCAACUAUUAAUUCAUCAAGUUGUGGAAAUUUUUGAAGGUAACCCAAACCUUGGCAAACUAGAGCAAGCAGCGAAUCUACUCGUAUUGAAUCGUCCCUUGAUGACCAACUGGGAAACAUUGAAUAGAUUCACGGUCAAGAAUACCAUGGGACAACAAGUUUUUUUCGCUGCUGAAAAAAAUGACUGCCUCAACCUGCAAUGCUGUGGGCCUAUACGAUCGUUUGAAAUGAGCAUUACAGACAACAGUAACCGGGAAAUCAUUCAUUUAGUUCGUCCUCUACGAUGUGAUGAGUGCUGCUUUCCGUGCUGUUUGCAAGAAAUGGAAGUUCAAUCUCCGCCUGGCACUACCAUCGGUUAUAUUGAGCAAAAAUGGACCAUAAUCUUUCCGGAGUUUAAUAUUAUGGAUGCUAACAAAAACGUACUGUUGAAAAUCAAGGGACCUUGCUGGACUUGUUCUUGCUGUAAAGACGUUAAUUUUGAGGUAACUUCUGCUGAUGGCAGUCAAUCUGUUGGUAGAAUUACUAAGCAGUGGUCUGGAUUGGCAAAGGAAGUAUUUACGGAUGCUGACAACUUCGGAAUUAGUUUUCCAAUGGACCUGGACGUAAAAGCGAAGGCUACUUUAUUGGGAGCUGUCUUUCUUAUUGAUUUCAUGUUCUUUGAAGACAGCUGCAAUAAUAAUAAUUACGGUGGCAGUAAUUAG